AUGACGAGGCGGCGAACCGGUUCGAGUGUGCAGCAUACUCGGGGAGUCCAGUCCGUCCAGACGGAAGGAGCUGAAAGAACUCCACGCAAAUGGUACCUCCUCAUCGGUCGAGGGAUGUAUCGAGACGUGCGGAAUAGACUGCCAUACUAUAGGAGCGACUGGACGGAUGCAUGGAACUACAGGGUCGUACCAGCCACUUUCAUGAUCUUCUUUGCCAAUGUAUUACCAGGCAUCGCUUUCGCUCUAGACCUCAUCGAAAGCACAGGUCAGACAGGUGUACAAGAGGUCUUGUUAGCUACUUUCAUCGCUGCAGGAGCCGCAGCGUUUUUGGGUGCGCAACCACUCUUGAUAUCAGGAGUGACAGGUCCGAUCACCGUAUUCAACAAGACCAUCCACACGAUAUUUGUCAAGAAUGGCUCGGGCGGGCCUGACUUUAACUACCUCCACUUUCUUGGUUGGGUCUAUCUGUGGGGAGCAAUACUGCAUUGGGUGACGGCGUUGUUCAACGCUGUGAGCUUGCUCAAGUAUGUAACACGGUUCCCGUGCGAUACGUUCGGCUUCUAUGUAGCAAUGGUCUACCUCCAGUACGGAAUCCAAGUCGUUACAAGACAGUUCGGACAAACAGAUGACGCAUCUGCAUUUCUUGGGAUCCUCUUGGCUAUAUUAACGCUCGUCAUCCCCCACCUUUUCGACCUCGUCUAUCAUUCCCCAUUCCUCCACCGUCAAUUGAGGCGGUUUUGCGCCGACUAUGGCAUGCCAAUCACGGUCAUUGCCUGUUCGGGUCUGGCAUAUUGGGGGACCUUUCACGGUUACGUCACCGAGGAAGGCAUGACCUUGCCGACAACCGGUGCCUAUACUCCAGCCGGAGGAAGGGAUUGGGUCGUCAAAUUCUGGCAGUUGCCAGGGAAAUACGUCGGGAUUGCGUUUCCCUUUGGCUUGGUAUUGUGGAUCCUGUUCAUCUUCGACGCGAAUGUUUCGUCCCUCAUCGCUCAAGGUUCCGAAUUCCCCUUGCGCAAGCCCGCAGGGUUUCAUUGGGACUUUUUCCUACUGGGCAUUACGACCCUACUUGCGGGAAUUUUCGGCGUUCCUGCCCCUAACGGAUUGAUCCCGCAAGCCCCACUACAUACUGCCUCUCUCGUCGUGAUGGGGAUCAAGCACGAACACGAAGACGAGGAGAGCACGUUGACGGAUAGGCAAGAUCACGAGGCCGGGAAUAGGCGCGGUAGCCCAUCGUCUCAAGAGAGGAACGGAUCCGGACCGCUGAAACGUCGAGUAUCCGAAGUGAAGAGGGAGAUCGAAAAGCUGGAAAAUCAGAUCAACGAGAAAGAAGUCGCCGUUGCCGUAGUGGAACAGCGAGUUUCGAAUCUGGUGCAGGGCGCCUUCUGUUUGGUCUUGAUGACCGGUCCCUUUGAGAAACUGCUAGGCUUCAUCCCGAAGGGCGUUCUCGCCGGACUCUUUUGGUACAUGGGAUCGUCGGCCUUGUUCGGCUCUGGUGUGACCGCCCUCUUCCUCUUUCUGAUAAAAGACCGACGCUUGACCUCGCCUUCCGAUCCUCUUCGUCGGGUCCGCAAAUCGAGGAUCAUGAUGUGGCUAGUGUUCCAGCUGCUCGGGUUCGCCGCUACGUUUGCGAUCACCAAUACGAUCGCUGCAAUCGGCUUUCCCAUCGUCAUUGCAUUGCUCAUUCCCUUUAGGAUCCUCGUCAUCCCCAGACUGCACUUGUUCACAGAGGACGAGUUGAACAUUCUCGAUGGCCCGGUUGCUAGUCCGUUCACCAUGCAGAGCGUGAAUGUGGCCUAA